ACAAGAUACCGGUCAAGUUCUCCUGGACAUGGCUUACAACUACUUGGGCGUGACCGAGAAGGAGUAUUUUGGCUUGCAGCACAGUGAUGACUCAGUGGACUCUCCCAGAUGGCUUGAAGCAAGCAAACCCAUCAGGAAGCAGUUAAAAGGUGGGUGCGACCUUCCCAUUUCAGUUGAACACUGGGUGUUAGCGUAUCACGGCCCAUUUCUCUCCUCCAGUCCUCAGCGUAGCUGUCACAUCUGGUACCUGGAUUCCAGGUGGUCUGGGAGAUGUGAGUAAGCUGACUUCUCCUGUCUGACUUCUGAGUUAGCGGAGAUGCCUCCAGAUCAGACCCCAAGGGUCCUCACCAAAUAUGGGCAAGAAAGGGAAAGGUGAAAGGUGGCAGCUAAGAGCAAGGGAACCCACAUUGCUUUUUAUGGGAAAGAAAGGGGAAGGAGGGUGGCCUUUUUCAGCCCAGUGUGAGAGCCAGGAUGGGAAAGACACACACACACACACACACACACACACACGCACGCACGCACACACACACACACCCUCCCUAGUCCUUUUCAACAGCACAGUUCUAUUCACUGGAAACAAAGGCGUGGGUAGAUAGUGUCACAAACAUACACGUGAGUGUAUCCCAGUGCGAUAGGUUAAUUCCCAGUUAGGUGGGUUUUCAGGCCACACCUCACCCUACCCUCCACCUGGUUUUCCAACAUCAUGCUCUCUGUUCCCCUUUAUGCACCUUAUGCCCCAAACCUGGCUGACAUGCAGGGCUGCACACGUGCCUCUGUGCCUUCCCUGGGACUGUUCCCUCUGCUGGGAAUGCUUUUCCCUCCUAUUUCCCUGUAUCCAAAUCUUGCCAUUCUUCAAAGCCGCUCAGAUCCUAUUUCCUCUAAUCGAAGCCCUGCCUCCUUCUACCCUCCCUUACAUGGGUCAUUGCCCUGUGCCCCAGAGCACUGUCUCCUUCACGUCCUAGUUAUUUUUCUUUACUGUCCUUGCAAAAUUGCAAGCUCUUUGAAGUUAGGGCCCUUGUCACAUCCCCUCUGCAUCCCUGUGGUCCCCGCCUUACAGGAUGUGGCCAGUGGAUGGUCCAGGGGUGAGGCAGGUGGAUCUGUACACACGAGUGUGCACACGUGAUGCCGUGUUCCUCACCCGCCCAGCACCAAGGCGGGAAGGAGUAGGGAUCAGGAGACCUGGCUCUGAUCCCAUUGCUGCCUCACCUGGAGUCUGGGGCUCAGACUCCAGGUGCUCUUUCCUCCCAUGAGUUGUGUCCUUAGCAUUCAGAAGUACCCACGGGGAGCCACAGAGACAUCGUGCAGGUAAAUAUGUGCCCCCAUUUGAAUUCACAGAGGAAUGAGCACACACAGACAUGAACAGGUGUUGUCAUUCAUUUUCUUACAAGCUCUUUCAGCAGACACGUCCCAAGUUCAGACUCUGCCACGGCACUGGGCUGAGCUCUGGGAAUCUGGUCCAAAUCAUAUUUGGACCCUGCCCUCAAGGAGCUCACAGCCAAGUGUAGGGAUGUAGACAAGGGGAGAGACAGCUCUGGGGUAGUCCUGAGCACAUGCUACGAUGCUCUGGGUACACAGAGGAGGACGAGAAAGGCGAGGAAGCAUGCCUGGGACACAGAAAUGACAAGUCAUAGAGCAGGGCAGGGGAUCCGACGGGGCGGCCAAGGCAGUGGGAGGACUUGACUAUGCCCUGACGUACAGGUAGGCAGCUUGCACCCAGAGUGACAGAGCCACCCACUGGUACCAGCUACCUGUACACAGGUGCAUUCAUAGGUGCACACACCAUUAGAGUCUUUGAUACAAGCUGGAGAUAAAGACAGAAGGUACUACUGAAGAGGGAGGGGAUGAAGCCCAGAAUGAACUAAGGUAGAGGAGAUCAACGAGGGGGGCAGGAUGAGAAAGGCUUGAGUUUCAGAGAGCAAGAAGGUGCUGUAAAGGGCCAGUGAGUAUUUACCGAGUAAGGGAGGGUGAAAUUGACAUGAAGAAGAGCGUGGGAUCUUAGCAACACAAUCUGAUAUUUUCCUGUUGCCACACCCAGCAAAAGAAAUGAGCUGAUUUUAUCCUUACAAGCGAAUGGACUCCUGGUGUUGUUGCGUAAAGCCAUAUUUGAGUAUAUUAGCUGUGUAAUAUUUGCUACUGUAUUAAUCAUUUUUAGAAUUCACUUUGCAUCCAAAGCAUGAAAUAUUUUCCAGUUUAAAAAUGACUGUGAAAUGCGGCAAUGCAGAAUCAAAAGACUCGGUGCUAUAAUUCUGGUGUUGUCAUCGGCUGUGUGACCCAAGGAGGUUUCCCCUGUACCCUGCAUUUUCGAGUAAGAUUUUUUAUACCUGAUCCCAACACACUGCAGCAAGAACAAACCAGGCAUUUGUAUUUCUUACAACUGAAGAUGGAUAUUUGUGAAGGAAGGUUAACCUGCCCUCUUAACUCAGCGGUGGUUCUCGCAUCCUAUGCAGUACAAUCUCAUUUUGGAGACCGUGAUUCUUCCAUUCAUCCUCCGGGCUAUCUUUCUGAUAGUCAGUUCAUACCGGAUCAGAACGAGGACUUUCUAUCAAAGGUGGAGUCUCUCCAUGAGCAGCACAGUGGGCUAAGGCAAUCAGAAGCGGAGUCUUGUUUUAUCAACAUAGCACGGACCCUCGACUUCUACGGAGUGGAGCUGCACAGCGGUAGGGAUUUGCACAAUUUAGAUCUAAUGAUUGGAAUUGCUUCUGCGGGCAUUGCUGUAUACCGAAAAUAUAUUUGCACAAGUUUCUAUCCUUGGGUGAACAUUCUAAAAAUUUCUUUCAAAAGGAAAAAAUUCUUUAUACAUCAGCGACAGAAACAGACUGAAUCCAGGGAACAUAUAGUGGCCUUCAACAUGUUAAAUUACCGAUCUUGCAAAAACUUGUGGAAAUCCUGUGUCGAGCACCACACAUUCUUUCAGGCAAAGAAGCUACUACCUCAGGAAAAGAAUGUUCUGUCCCAGUACUGGACUCUGGGCUCUAGGAACCCCAAAAAGUCUGUAAAUAACCAGUAUUGCAAAAAGGUGAUUGGAGGGAUGGUAUGGAACCCGGCCAUGCGGAGAUCUUUAUCAGUGGAACAUUUAGAAACCAAGAGUCUACCGUCUCGGUCUCCUCCUAUUACUCCCAACUGGCGAAGUCCUCGGCUCCGGCACGAAAUCCGAAAGCCUCGGCACUCUUCCGCAGACAACCUUGCGAACGAAAUGACGUACAUCACUGAAACCGAAGAUGUGUUUUACACCUACAAGGGCUCCCUGUCCCCUAAAGACAGCGAUUCCGAGAUUUCUCCGAACCGAAGCCCGCACCGAGAAGAAACGAACUCUGUGCUGGCUUUUGUUUCCAAUGCCUACCGCCUUUACGGUUCUGAAGCGUCGGCUUCUGAGGGCCAGCACCCGUUUGUCUGCCGGAGUAUAUCCGAGAACAACCCAGCACAAAGCUGCCUCACCCAGAAGUCAUCCAGUUCUGUGUCUCCAUCUUCAAAUGCUCCAGGCUCCUGCUCCCCAGAUGGCAUCAAUCAGCAGUUCUUAGAGGACUUCCACAGGGUGACCAAAGGGGGCUCCACCGAGGACUCCAGCCAGUACUACUGUGACAAGAAUGAUGGUGACGGCUACUUAGUCUUGAUCCGCAUCACGCCAGAUGAAGAUGGAAAAUUUGGAUUUAAUCUAAAGGGAGGAGUGGAUCAAAAGAUGCCUCUUGUGGUAUCAAGGAUAAACCCAGAGUCACCUGCGGACACCUGCAUUCCUAAGCUGAACGAAGGGGAUCAAAUCGUGUUGAUCAACGGCCGGGACAUCUCGGAACACACCCACGACCAAGUGGUGAUGUUCAUCAAAGCCAGCCGGGAGUCGCACACGCGGGAGCUGGCCCUGGUGAUCAGGAGGAAAGCUGUCCACUCGUUUGCUGAUAUCAAAUCUGAAGAUGAACUGAACCAGCUUUUCCCAGAGGCCGUUUUCCCUGUGUGUCCGGAGGGUGGGGACACGCUGGAAGGAUCCAUGGAACAGCUAAAGAAGGGCCUCGAGAGCGGGACGGUGCUGAUCCAGUUUGAGCAACUCUACAGAAAGAAGCCUGGUUUAGCCAUCACAUUUGCAAAGCUGCCUCAAAAUUUGGACAAAAACCGAUAUAAAGAUGUACUGCCUUAUGACACCACGCGGGUAUUAUUGCAGGGAAACGAAGAUUAUAUUAAUGCGAGUUAUGUGAACAUGGAAAUUCCUGCUGCUCACCUCGUGAACAAGUACAUCGCCGCUCAGGGACCCCUGCCGCACACCUGUGCGCAGUUCUGGCGAGUAGUCUGGGAUCAGAGGCUGUCCCUCGUCGUCAUGCUGACGACUCUCACAGAGCGAGGGCGGACCAAAUGCCACCAGUACUGGCCCAAUCCUCCCGAAGUCAUGAACCACGGCAGCUUUCACAUCCGCUGUCAGUCGGAGGACUGCACCAUCGCUUACGUGUUCCGGGAAAUGCUGGUCACGAACACCGAGACCGGAGAAGAGCACACUGUGACGCACCUCCAGUACGUGGCAUGGCCAGACCAUGGCGUUCCCGAUGACUCCUCGGACUUCCUGGAAUUUGUAAACUAUGUGAGGUCCCUGAGAGUGGACGGCGAACCCGUCCUAGUUCACUGCAGUGCUGGGAUAGGUCGAACCGGUGUGUUGGUCACCAUGGAAACAGCCAUGUGCCUAAUUGAGAGGAACCUGCCCGUUUACCCACUGGAUAUUGUUCGGAAAAUGCGAGACCAGCGCGCCAUGAUGGUGCAGACAUCAAGCCAGUACAAGUUUGUGUGUGAAGCGAUUCUUCGUGUUUAUAAAGAAGGCUUAGUCCAAAUGCUGGAUCCCAGUUAAGACGACUGUGAAGACCUUCAUUCCUCUUUCCCAAGGGCAUCCUCCUUCUCUCUGGAAGCAGCAAGAGGAAUGUGUAGGUCGUGGGAAAGGAAUGAGCACCUUUGAACCCAGGCACUUUAAAUUUCUAUUAAAAAAAAAAAGGUAUCGUGUACAUAAGAACUGUGUAGAUAACGCAUGCGGUUAUAGCAUCAUUUAGGCCCGUGCCUCCUCCAGAGAGAAAUAAGCAGAAGGGGAUCUCAGUUUGGGGCCUGUCCUAAUGCCUUCCUCCUUCUCCAUCUCCAUAUUCCUGUAAACCAUCCUUGGGCAACUGAGAGGGGACGCCAGCAAAGCUGUUGACCUCCCAGAAACGAGAUGGUGUGGCUGUUCAGAGUCACUUGGAUGCAUUGUGUGUAUAUGUGUAUCGGACUAAGGGCCGAGCUUUCCAGGGGUCUGGGCGGAGCUGGAGCCGUCAGCAUUCACCGCCGGGAUGCUAAAGAAACCCCAUGAAUGUACUGGACGGCAGGGGGUGGGGCGUCAGGCCGAAGGACGAGCAGCGCCUUUUCUGCCCUCCCUUCCGCGGUCCCGUCUCCCUGCCUCUUCUGACAGUCACGUUUCUGAGCAUCGUGUCCAAAUGCCCUGCCUUCUCCCUGCAUUAGCGACCCUUCUCAGGUUGACACCAGUGCCUGAACCGGACGAGCAGUGCAGGUUUCGGGUGAGUUUUCAGUUGAGACUCGGAACGAGGACUCCCGGGGUCGCCCCGCGUGUGAGUGUUCGGAGCGGGUGCCCCUGGCCUCUGCCUCCCUCUCGCUGUACUCUCAGCACCCAGGACUGGAAUCAUCCACUACUGAAUCUAAAACAUGGAUUGCUGCUACUUCGAGCUAUUACACUUGAAAGCUUACGAUUUUCCCGAGGGGAGAUGGGAUGUCACCUAAAUAUUCAGAACCUUUGACCCUUCUGAGGAAAGAUCUAGUCAUUGAACCAUGGGAAACCCAGCUUGUCGAGGGUUGCCCGUGGAUGUGUGUGUCUGUGUGUCUGUGUGUGUGCCCACGGGUGAGUGUUUCUCAGGAUCCUAACUUGAUUCAGAUUGCAGUUGAGUUUAUAUAAAGAAUGAGUCUCUGUAUAGAAGAACAAAUGUGCGCAUUCACUCUUAGUUACAAUGGUCUCCGUUUCAUUUCAAAGGAGAGGAUCAGACUAUCUGAAUACAAACACCAUUUGAUGUUAAUUUAUUCUAAGUACACCAUGAUUUUGAUUGUCCUGAAGAAUUCUGCCUUUGUUAAUACUGUGUUGAUUUUUUUUUUAAUUUGUGACAGGAUUGUAGCAAAUUAUUAUUUAAGGAAAAUAAAUUACAUAAAAAUUCUAA